GAACAAUUAUGGCUAGGAGAAGCGUUCUCGAGAAGCUUUCAAAAUAAAAACACGGGGCCAAAUUAAUUGAUGUUGUAUCUUUGUCCCCUUCUGUGAAUUGGUCUAGAUCAGGCCAACUGCCUUGAGAUGGGAUAUGGUAAUUAACAGCCUCAAAUCCGACCAAAACCAAGGCAUUCAGGUCCCAGCUAUUCAACUUCUGCAAGAAGUUUCGUUUAAUUGGACAGGCAAUCUCUAUAAAUUCAAAGUAGGUGGUACUUAUUUGUUUGCCAGCAGACUGCUCCAGUCUCAUGCAAGCCAUCUCUAUUUACUUAAACCAAACUGCUAGAUCUCAUGCAUCACCAGUUCAUCUCUCCCUCUCUCUCUCUGUGCACAAAAAUGGCAGAGAUUGUUGCAGCCCUUUUGCCCAUAGUGGCCGAACUCGUAGUUGGAGAAGCUCAAAGACUUGCUUCAGGGGUUGCUUCUGUGAAGAGCGAGCUAAGAAAUCUGGAGAGUCAACUGAAGGCCAUUCAACCAAUCCUUGAAGAUGCUCAUAACAAGCAAUUCACGUCCAGAAGCAUUAAGGCCUGGAUUGCGAGGGUUAGUCACACCAUUUAUGAUGCUGAAGACAUCAUUGAUCUCUAUACAGCCAAAACCCGAGACUUAGAUGCACAAACUAGACAGGGGAAGGUACGCAAACAAUUGUCUUCUCUUUCUUUUAUGUGUCGAAACAUCUUAUUUAUGCGCAAGACCGCUAGUGAGAUAAAAGAGGUGACUGAGAGGCUGAACUCACUUUACAAAGAGAAGGAUAACUAUGGCCUUGUACCCCUCACAACUGGGUUAGCACCUCCACUAGAUCAAACAAAAUUAUUAUGUAGCAACCGCUUAACAACUUCUAAUAUCACCGAGCAAAAUAUUUUUGGAAGAGAAAAGGACGAGGAAUUGGUUGUUGAGUGGUUGAAGAAAAGGCCCGAUAAUAAAGCAAAAGAGGCUAAUCAUGUCGUGGCAAUCGUUGGUAUGGGGGGACUCGGAAAAACGACUCUUGCCAAGUGGGUCUACAAAAAUUCGAGCAUAAGAGCGCAUUUUGAGAAGUUCAUAUGGAUCUGUGCAUCAGAAAGGCCCCGCCUACAGCAACUAUUCGAACAAAUACUAGAACAAUUAAAAAAUAAGAGAGAGAAAAACAUAACAGGGUUGGAGGCUUUAAACCUCGAGAUAAUGAAGCAUUUGAAGGGGAAGAAGUUUCUGCUUGUUAUAGAUGAUGCAUGGGACUAUGAUUGGUGGACUGAGUUGAAUGGCCUUUUGCAACAAGGUGCUCUAGGAAGCAGGGUUCUCAUCACAACUAGAAAAGAAGAAGUUAAGGUGAAGAUCGAUGAUGUAUAUGUGCAUCCAAUGAAGUGCUUAUCAGAUGACGAAAGUUGGUGCCUAUUUGUGAAUAAAGUUUUAAGGAGAGAUGAGACAGAAGAGGAACUUGACAGAGUGAAAGAUGUUGGAAGGCAUGUAGUAAAGAAUUGCAAAGGGUUGCCCCUUGCAUUAAGUGUUGUGGGCAGCCUGUUGAAACAAAAGGAGAGGAAGAUAUCUGAUUGGGAAAAGGUUAAAAACAGCCCAUUCUGGAAAUGGGAUGGCAUUGUCGACAAUGAUGAGAACAAAGAAAUCCUUUCUACCAUUGCUUUAAGCUACAUGAACCUCCCCUUUUCUUUGAAACGAUGUCUGACAUAUUGCUCCAUGUACCCAAAAGACUAUCCGAUGUAUAAGGAGGAUCUAGCUUGGCUAUGGGUCGCUGAGGGAUUCAUUACAGAGAAAGAAGCACUGCCGGAAGAAACGGAAAUUUGUACUGCUCAUACAUAUCUUGACAUGCUAGUUGGCUGUUCACUUGUUCAAUUUAACAGGGACUUGAAGCUCUACAAGUUACAUGACAUUGUUCAUGAUUUUGCCUCCUCCAUGAGACUAAAUGAGAACGCAAACCCCUCGAACCUCUCGCUGACUGCAAGAACUUCACCGAGUCAAGCACGUUCCUUGUGCAUAACAAACUCACAUGAGUCUCUUGUAGAUGGCACACAAAUCAAUCAACACACAAAGCUUCGAACAUUGGUGUUAAGAGGGGAUUUAUGCCGGACAUAUCCUCUAGCUAGCAUCCUUUUGAACUUAAAGUGGCUAAGAGUGCUAGACCUAAGUGACAACUUCCACUUACAAGUACUUCCAGAGACUUUGGGAGAUCUAGUUUUGCUGAAGUACUUAAAUCUUAGAUUCACAGGAAUAACAACUCUACCAGAAUCAAUUUCAAGACUAAGAAGCCUUGAGAUGCUUAACCUUAGUGGUACUCGUAUCGAAAUGCUCCCCAAAGGUACUUCAAAGCUGAGGGCUCUGCGACAUCUUCCCUUGGGAGACGAAUAUUCUUUCCCCAUUUGUAUGCCUGAAAAUAUUGGUAAGUUGACAGUCUUACAAACAUUGAAUAACUUUGUGGUGGGCAGUGAUACAAGCAAGAGUAAUGGAUGUAGCAUCAAAGAGUUGAAUCACAUGAACAAUUUAGAAGGAUUGUUGUGUAUUCAUCACAUAGAAAGGGUGCAUAACAGAGUAGAGGCAAAAGAUGCAGGACUACACAAGAAAGCAAAACUACAUGAGUUAAGGUUACAUUGUGGGCCAACAUCCCUUCAUCAGUCGAACAGUAGUUUUACAGAAAGAAUCGAGGGCAUAUUUGAAGAGCUUCAUCCUCCCAAAGGUCUCAAGACACUGGAAGUGUCUUACUAUGCUGGUACAUGGUUUCCUUCUUGGAUAAGUUCUUUAAGUUGUCUACAGAGAGUUUCUAUAAAGAACUGCAACUUUUUGAAAGAAUUACCCAUGUUAACAUGCCUACCCAAAUUGGAAACACUAGUCAUUUCCAACAUGAAAAGCUUAGAGGUGUGGCCCCAAGCAGAACCAAUGCCCCAGCUCAACAGUUUAGAGGUUUAUGACUGCCCAAAGUUGAGAGUCUUACCUGCUGGAUUCCCCAAGCUAGAAUCGCUACAGAUUCACAGGAUGGGAAGCCUAGAGGAGUGGACCCAAAUAGAAACAAUGCCUUUCCUCCGAAGCGUAGAGAUUGUCUACUGUCCAAAGUUGAGGUCAUUACUUGGUGGUCUGCGACUCACCCAACUUCACGAACUGAAACUAAAGGACCUUCCUGAGCUUGAUUCAAUGUCAUUGACAUCGUUGGAUAUCAUUAGGGAGUUAGAACUGCAUCAAUUGCCUAAAUUUGACGUGCAAGAGCACGGGUUUCUUCACAUGUUGAAGACAGUGACAGCACUAAAAGGCUUAGACCUGAAUGGGUUUCCGGGAUUGGCUAUGGAGUCCCAAAUGGCUGAGGAAGCACUUGAGAAUAUGAUGCAUCUGGAGAGAUUGUUUCUGACGGAUUGCCCAAACCUAGCUGCACCGGUAGCAGAUCUUCUGCAACACCAUCACCUCCCUCGGCUCCAGCAUGUGCAGAUUUGCUCUAGAAACAGUUCUGAUCGUAUAAUAUAUCCAUCACUUGUAUCGUUGCAGUUAGAGAUUGAGUCAAAGGAUGGACUCAGCGGAUUCAGAAACCUGGGAAGUAGGGUAGAUAGACUGAUAAUCAGGUUGAACGAUGAAGUGGAUUCUGUGCCAAAAUGGAUCCAACGUCUUCAAAACCUCUAUGCGUUGGAAAUUCAUGAAAGCCCCAAGCUGACCCACUUGCCGGAAUGGCUGGGUGAGUUCUCUCAGCUUCAAAGAUUAGAACUCGUUCGCCUGCCGGAGUUGAGGAGUCUGCCGGAUGGGAUGCGAUCUCUCACGCAACUUCAAAGCCUGUCGAUCGCUAGAGUCAGUGGGCUUACCCAUUUGCCGGAAUGGCUAGGUGAGUUGUCUCAGCUACGGAGCCUGAAACUCGAAGACCUGCCAUUGUUGAGGAGUCUACCGGACAAGAUGCAACCUCUACUCUAUCUUCGAUCCUUGAGAAUCAAUAAAUGCAUCGGUUUGAGACACUUGCCUGAAUGGCUCGGUCGGCUAACCAAUCUGGCGGAUUUGGAACUCCGUUUCCUCCCUGGGUUGAGGAGCCUACCAGAAGGGUUGGGUCGCCUCUGCAGCCUUAGGUUGGUGAGACUGGAAGUCAUGGCGGAGCUGACGAGCUUGCCGAAUGGGAUGAGGGACCUGCCUCAACUUCAACUGCAGAUAGAGGACUGCACUGAACUGCUUCAACGCAAUUCUGAUGUCAUUGAGCGUCGUAUUGCGGUCGCAGCCUGGCAAGGACAUCCCAACUGUGGGAAGAGAAACAAGAAACCCAAAGUAAACCAUUAAGGAUGGGAUUAAAGCUCAUAAUGGCGGAGGUCAGCCGGCGGAGAGGCGGGGCACACAGUGAGAUUAAGGCAUGGUUGUGUGCAUAAGAAGUGAGAUACAACCAGCAAAGGAAAGCAGCUUCUCAGUGUGGGCACUGUGUGGGCAAUUGCUUAUCUUGAGUCGUAAAACAUGUUUAUUUUCAUGCUGAUACUUCAAGGUAAUUUUUAUCAUUUAUAUACUGGUGUUUUUUAAAAAAUUUAAAAUUUUAUAAGGUAGUCCUCCUUAUCUAGGAUUUUUUCCCUUGGCUGCCCAAGACAAGAAUCACUCCUAUGCUAUCCUGAAUGUUCGGCUAAGCAUUUGUUCCACUAAAAUAUGUGUGUAUUAUGUGUUUUGCUUAUCUUCUUUUAUAAUUUGUCCAAAUAAUCACUGUAUUAUUUUGUAGUCCGUAGUCACAAAUAACAUCUCGGAGUUUUAAAUCAUAAGAUAUUUCUCGAGUAUAAUACUGUGGGAAGAGAAACAAGAAACCCAAAGUAAACCAUUAAGGAUGGGAUUAAAGCUCAUAAUGGCGGAGGUCAGCCGGCGGAGAGGCGGGGCACACAGUGAGAUUAAGGCAUGGUUGUGUGCAUAAGAAGUGAGAUACAACCAGCAAAGGAAAGCAGCUUCUCAGUGUGGGCACUGUGUGGGCAAUUGCUUAUCUUGAGUCGUAAAACAUGUUUAUUUUCAUGCUGAUACUUCAAGGUAAUUUUUAUCAUUUAUAUACUGGUGUUUUUUAAAAAAUUUAAAAUUUUAUAAGGUAGUCCUCCUUAUCUAGGAUUUUUUCCCUUGGCUGCCCAAGACAAGAAUCACUCCUAUGCUAUCCUGAAUGUUCGGCUAAGCAUUUGUUCCACUAAAAUAUGUGUGUAUUAUGUGUUUUGCUUAUCUUCUUUUAUAAUUUGUCCAAAUAAUCACUGUAUUAUUUUGUAGUCCGUAGUCACAAAUAACAUCUCGGAGUUUUAAAUCAUAAGAUAUUUCUCGAGUAUAAUACUGUGGGAAGAGAAACAAGAAACCCAAAGUAAACCAUUAAGGAUGGGAUUAAAGCUCAUAAUGGCGGAGGUCAGCCGGCGGAGAGGCGGGGCACACAGUGAGAUUAAGGCAUGGUUGUGUGCAUAAGAAGUGAGAUACAACCAGCAAAGGAAAGCAGCUUCUCAGUGUGGGCACUGUGUGGGCAAUUGCUUAUCUUGAGUCGUAAAACAUGUUUAUUUUCAUGCUGAUACUUCAAGGUAAUUUUUAUCAUUUAUAUACUGGUGUUUUUUAAAAAAUUUAAAAUUUUAUAAGGUAGUCCUCCUUAUCUAGGAUUUUUUCCCUUGGCUGCCCAAGACAAGAAUCACUCCUAUGCUAUCCUGAAUGUUCGGCUAAGCAUUUGUUCCACUAAAAUAUGUGUGUAUUAUGUGUUUUGCUUAUCUUCUUUUAUAAUUUGUCCAAAUAAUCACUGUAUUAUUUUGUAGUCCGUAGUCACAAAUAACAUCUCGGAGUUUUAAAUCAUAAGAUAUUUCUCGAGUAUAAUACUGUGGGAAGAGAAACAAGAAACCCAAAGUAAACCAUUAAGGAUGGGAUUAAAGCUCAUAAUGGCGGAGGUCAGCCGGCGGAGAGGCGGGGCACACAGUGAGAUUAAGGCAUGGUUGUGUGCAUAAGAAGUGAGAUACAACCAGCAAAGGAAAGCAGCUUCUCAGUGUGGGCACUGUGUGGGCAAUUGCUUAUCUUGAGUCGUAAAACAUGUUUAUUUUCAUGCUGAUACUUCAAGGUAAUUUUUAUCAUUUAUAUACUGGUGUUUUUUAAAAAAUUUAAAAUUUUAUAAGGUAGUCCUCCUUAUCUAGGAUUUUUUCCCUUGGCUGCCCAAGACAAGAAUCACUCCUAUGCUAUCCUGAAUGUUCGGCUAAGCAUUUGUUCCACUAAAAUAUGUGUGUAUUAUGUGUUUUGCUUAUCUUCUUUUAUAAUUUGUCCAAAUAAUCACUGUAUUAUUUUGUAGUCCGUAGUCACAAAUAACAUCUCGGAGUUUUAAAUCAUAAGAUAUUUCUCGAGUAUAAUACUGUGGGAAGAGAAACAAGAAACCCAAAGUAAACCAUUAAGGAUGGGAUUAAAGCUCAUAAUGGCGGAGGUCAGCCGGCGGAGAGGCGGGGCACACAGUGAGAUUAAGGCAUGGUUGUGUGCAUAAGAAGUGAGAUACAACCAGCAAAGGAAAGCAGCUUCUCAGUGUGGGCACUGUGUGGGCAAUUGCUUAUCUUGAGUCGUAAAACAUGUUUAUUUUCAUGCUGAUACUUCAAGGUAAUUUUUAUCAUUUAUAUACUGGUGUUUUUUAAAAAAUUUAAAAUUUUAUAAGGUAGUCCUCCUUAUCUAGGAUUUUUUCCCUUGGCUGCCCAAGACAAGAAUCACUCCUAUGCUAUCCUGAAUGUUCGGCUAAGCAUUUGUUCCACUAAAAUAUGUGUGUAUUAUGUGUUUUGCUUAUCUUCUUUUAUAAUUUGUCCAAAUAAUCACUGUAUUAUUUUGUAGUCCGUAGUCACAAAUAACAUCUCGGAGUUUUAAAUCAUAAGAUAUUUCUCGAGUAUAAUACUGUGGGAAGAGAAACAAGAAACCCAAAGUAAACCAUUAAGGAUGGGAUUAAAGCUCAUAAUGGCGGAGGUCAGCCGGCGGAGAGGCGGGGCACACAGUGAGAUUAAGGCAUGGUUGUGUGCAUAAGAAGUGAGAUACAACCAGCAAAGGAAAGCAGCUUCUCAGUGUGGGCACUGUGUGGGCAAUUGCUUAUCUUGAGUCGUAAAACAUGUUUAUUUUCAUGCUGAUACUUCAAGAUGGAAGGGACGCAGCAAAUGAGUGGAGCGGCACGUAUCAGGAACAUUAGAGAGCGAGGAACCAUGGCAGAGGACUACGCGGAAUAUGCUAGGCCCUCAGUGAGACGGCGCGUCGAGUUACCUUUCUUUUACCUCGGUCCCGCAGUUUGUGAGCCUAAGAAGAUGGAGGACCCCUAUGUCCGCGACCAUCGAUGGAGGGGAUUGGGAAGCUUUCUUGAGCGUUGCUUCUUGUGCAGGAAGCGUCUCGAUCCCGCUGAUGACAUCUUCAUGUACAGGGAUCUACGUGCAUUUUGCUCUCCAGAAUGUAGACAAGUUGUGAUUGACAAAGAGGAGGCUUCCGAAGAAAUGUUGAUGGCUAGAUCUGCAGCUAAGGCAACUAGCUCAGUGAAUCAUCACAUUAGAAAUGACAAUUCAAACAUGAAAGAAUGGUCAAAUAAAUUUGCUAGAGGUUCGGGGAGAGCAGCUGCUUAGAAUUGUCAAAAAAUCGUGUACAGCAUUAGAUAUCAUCAGGUGUUUUCAUGUGCUAUUCCAGAACAAUACAUGGAUAGCCGCUGAGUCUUGCAUCUGCUUAGGCUGUUUCGUCUGUAAAUAACUAUCUUCACUUUGUCAGGGCAUCCUUGACCCUCUCAGGAUAGGUUGAUUCGUUCAUGCUACUUUUGAUGUUAUAACUAUUGUUUACAGAUAUUCAUUAUUUUUUUCUUUGAAUUAGCCUUGUACAUUCUGGUUAAAAAGAUAUAUAAAGUGCAAAGUUUAAUCCUGGA